ACUUUUGGGUGUAAUCAGCCACCUUAAACCUUCCCCUGCAGUGAGGUCUGCUGCAAUAACCUCUGGGACCAAGCUUCCUGCUGCCCUGUGGUGCUGAGGCAAUGGGAAAGGUGCUUGGUCUGGGUGAUGCUGGCACCCCAUGGGUACCCCCCUCCUUGCUGGGGUGCUGGGUGUGCUCCUUUUCCUGCAAAGGGGACCCUUGACCCCCAGAUGGGCCCCCUGUCCCCAGUGGUUGGUGCAGCGAUGGCUGCAGUGACCUCUGGUCUGUGUGCCAGUGCUAUCACUGCCGCUUCCUGGGCAGGCACUGUGCCAGUUUGCCUGGGCUCCUCUGGCUGGUGACUGCCCAGUGAGGGGGGGCCCCCCUCACCAGUCAGCCCCCACCAUGUGUCCCCCUCCCCAGCAGGAUGGCCGAUCCAGACCCUGACCUGCGUCAGCCCUGGCCCACAGUGCAUGGCAUUCCCAUGGUCAAAGCCUUCACCCACAACUGGGAACGUGUCGACACUUUUCAGAGUCACCCUGAGGACAUUGUGGUGGUCACCUUCCCCAAAUCUGGCACCACCUGGGUCAGCGAGAUUGUGGACAUGAUCCUGCAAGGCGGAGACCCUGAGAAAUGCAAGCGGGACAUUAUCAGCAAGAGGGUGCCCAUGCUGGAGUUCUCUGUCCCUGGGAAGUUGCCAGCAGGGACAGACCUGCUGGCCACCAUGCCCUCACCCCGCGUGGUGAAGACCCACCUGCCGGCAGAUGUAUUGCCAAAAUCCUUCUGGGAAAAUCGCUGCAAGAUGAUCUAUGUGGGACGCAAUGCCAAGGAUGUGGCCAUUUCCUACUACCACUUUGACCUUAUGAACAAGUUACAGCCACACCCUGGGACAUGGGCCCAGUACCUGGAGGAGUUCAUGGCCGGCAGAGUGGCAUAUGGCUCCUGGUACAACCAUGUCAAGGGCUACUGGGAGCGGAGGAAGGAUCACCCCAUUCUCUACCUCUUCUAUGAGGACUUGAAGGAGGACCUCCGCCGGGAGAUUAUCAAGGUGGCCCAGUUCCUGGGGCACGAGCUGUCAGAGGCAGCACUGAACAUCAUCACCCGACACACUUCCUUUGAGGCCAUGCGGGACAACCCCACCACCAACUACAGCAAGGUGCCCUCUGACCUCAUGGACCACAGCGUGUCCCCCUUCAUGCGCAAAGGCACCACCGGAGACUGGAAGAACCACUUCACCGUGGCCCAGAACGAGCGCUUUGACCAGGACUAUGCGCAGAAGAUGUCGGGCACCGACCUGCGCUUCCGCACUGAGAUCUGAGGAGACACCGCUAGACA